AUGGCGAAUUCCCUCUUCACCUCGUCAUUCAAUGUCCUUCGAUCAAAAGCUUCAGAGUCUUCUAUGUCUUCUCCAAAUAAUCAAUGUCACACCUUCAAAUCCAUUCUCUACUUUCCAGUGACCCCAAGAUUUUAUUCAGCCCAGAAGAAGAAUGUUACGAUGUGUGCGUCUAUGGAUGGUGUGGACUCACUGAAUUCAACUUCUUUUUCAACGAAGUCUGAGCAGGACACUGAUUAUGUUCCAGUGCCUAUUGUUCUGAUAGAUCAAGAUUCUGAUCCUGAUUCAACUAUUGUGCAACUCAGCUUUGGAGAUCGCCUUGGUGCUCUCAUCGACACGAUGAAGGCACUUAAAGAUUUAGGUCUAGAUGUCUUGAAGGGAACAGUUACUACUGAGAACUCAGUCUCACAAACAAAUUUUUUUAUUACAGGAUCGUCAAAUGGGCGCAAAGUGGAAGAUCCUGAUCUGUUGGAGAGAAUCCGUUUGACCAUUAUCAACAACCUUCUCAAGUAUCAUCCAGAGUCCAGUGAGCGACUUGCUAUGGGUGAAGCUUUUGGAAUAAAAGCACCGGAAAAAAAGCUCGAUAUUGAUAUUGCCACUCAUAUACAAGUUAAGGACGACGGGCCUAAGAGGAGCUUGCUCUGCAUAGUGACAGCAGAUCGACCGGGACUGCUAAUGGAGAUUAUCAAAAUAAUAGCAGAUGUCAAUAUUAAUGUUGAGUCAGCUGAGAUUGACACAGAAGGUUUGAUAGCCAAGGAUAAGUUUCAUGUGAGUUAUAGAGGGGCGGCAUUGAACAGUUCCUUGUCUCAGGUUCUUAUAAAUUGCCUGCGUUACUACCUGCGGAGGCCGGAAACAGAUGAUGCUAGCUACUAG